CCUGUUCCUGCGCUGUCCACACAGUAGUAGUGUUUGGAGGACUGAGUGCACACAUUGCGCUUGAGAGCUCACAGGUCUGCCCAUUGGCUGUGUAUUUGAUGCCAUGUGGUGUCAUGAAAGAAGUGCACUCACUCAUGUCACUCACUGCUGAACUAGUCUGAAGAGAAUGGAAUGUUAUGUGGGCUUGCUGGUGGUUUUGGUGAAUGUAAAAGGCUUCCAACUCCAGGGUCCCUCUGGUCCACUUGUUGCCCAGCUGGGAGGGUCUGUCCUGCUGCCCUGUGCUGCUGAAUCCCCCCUGCCUCUGGAGGAGCUGGAGGUGGAGUGGAGAAGAGCAGACUCUGGUGCCCUGCUGCACCUCUUCCAGGAGGGAGAGGAGAGACCAGAGUCACAGGAUCAAGCAUACAGGGGACGAGCUCACUUCUUCCCUGUGGACAUGGCCAAGGGAAACUUCUCCAUCCUUCUCAAGAACGUGUCAGAAGGGGACAUUGGAGUUUACAGCUGCAAGGUUUACAUUGGACAUGAGGCAGAGGAAGUGAGAGUUGACCUUGUGAGAGUUGAAUACCUGGUUGUGACUGGGUCAGGUGUGGAAGUGUCUGUCUCUCUGGGUGAAGAGGUUGUCCUGAGCUGCCAAUUUCAAUACCUGGUUGUGACUGGGUUAGGUGUGGAAGUGUCUGUCUCUCUGGGUGAAGAGGCUGUGCUGAGCUGCCGUGUGGAUUCCCAUCUCCCUCCCGAGGAGCUUAAGGAGGUCACCUGGAGAAAGACAGACGAGGAGAUCACAGUACUGCACUACCGACACGGUGAAGUCCUCCCAGACUCCCCACAUCACAGAUAUCGAGGGAGAGCUGCGUUCUUCACUUCAGAGAUCUCCAAAGGCAACUUCUCACUGAGACUAAAGGGCGUCAGGACUGAAGACAAUGGAGAGUAUGUCUGUGAUGUACACACCAGCAGUCACACUGGGAAAGCCUCUGUAAGGAUACUUGUACUGGGUCUCUCCGUUCUGCAUUGGCUUGUCUUGGUCUGCUGUGUUGGAUCAUUUGUGAUAACCAGUGUGGCUCUUGUACAUUUUAUUUCCAAAGGAUACAGAGCCAUGCGGAGUCUAGCUAGGAGAAAUUGUAAAGAUGUGGCAGUGCAUUUCUUGCUGUUUUUGAGUCCAAAUGCACUGAUGUUUAGUGGAUACCUGUUAUGGGGACUAGCUGAGGACGUGUGCAGUGAAGCAGUUGCAUGCUCUGUUGUCAAUCUCACACGGAUCCUAUUGCUACUUUUGACUUGUCCGUACCUGAGUGCACUUCACAAUUCUCUCCAAACAUGGAUCAAAGGUGUGAGUGUGAGUCUGGUGUACACAGUUAUUACAGUAGCAGUAUACACAGAUGCCUAUUUUAAACGACUGCAUUGGAUCUCUAUGGGAAUGUUUACAACAGGGAAUCUCCAUAGAAUGAGACUACAUGGCUAUUUUGGAGCAACAGCUUUCUUUAGUCUAUGUGGAAUCUUUCCAGACAUAGACGCAGCAUAUGCAUUGCCAUUCUUGCGACAAAGGUCUGAACCAGCACUCCAUCCUCAGAAGGAGCCUUCAAAGCAAGCCUUCACAUUUUCAUUUCUGGAAAUCAGCAGCAUAUUUCAGAUGUCGUUUCUUGCAAUACUUGGUGCAGCAUUUAAAGGUAUGUAUGUUAAGUGUAAAGAUACUCUGCGACUCAUAACAAAAAAAACUGAUUUAAUUCAUGGUUCAGGUCUUACAGAGAUGUAUGAAAUGUUUUCAUGGAACCAGAAGUGUAACAAAUCAUCAUGUAAACAUCUGUUUAAAACUUAA